AGCAAACAAUUUUUAUAAAUUAAACAAGCUUUUGAAAUAAAACCAUCAACAAAUAUUACAUUAAAACAUUAUAAAUAAAGAGCUUAGCACAUUUAGGUGCCAACACCAAGUCGCGCCAAACACAAGUUAUUGGAAAUAAUAACAGCAGGACUUGUCACCCAAUCAGGACAUAAUGAGCUCUCAACGCGGCAAUGUAAGUCGCACACGUGCACAGAAGCACAAAAACCGGUAUGUCUUCAAAAACGAUUUGCACGACAAGACGCCCCAGCAGAUACGGCUCAACAAGAUGCACGUGUCCACAGUCUGUCAGCACUGCAAGGAUGUCAUCGAGUGGAAAAUCAAGUAUAAGAAGUACAAGCCGCUCACACAGGCGAAGACGUGCACACGGUGCCAGCAGCGCAAUGUUCGCAAAGCAUAUCACGUCAUUUGUCGCGACUGCGCUGUUCAGGCCCGGGUUUGCGCCAAGUGCUUAAAAAGCGCUGACGAGGUGCCUAUUGAGGCUCCGCAGCCAACACCACGGGAGGAGCAACAGCUGCAAGCGGAAAUGGAGCGUCUUAUCAAAAGCUUCCCGGAGCGUAAGCGACGUGCAUUUUUGCGUUUCCAGGCCAAAGGUCGCAAGCUAGAACAGCAACAUGAAGAGGAUCCUGCCGAUCCUGAGGCGCGGGAAUUAGCCCAGUAUGUGAAGCACACACGCGAGGAGCUGCUAGAGAAGAUUGAGCAAAUGAAGUUGGCAGAAAGCGAUGAGGACGACGAUGACUAUGAUGAUGAUGAGGACGACUAUGAAGGUUCCGAUGCCGACUCUAAGCAAAGCAGCGACAGUGAAGAUGAGGAAAGAAGUGAACUCAAAGAUACAGGAAGAAAGAGAGCAGAAAAGUAAUUAGGCUGAAAUAAUAUUUUUUCCUAGAUAAUUUUCAAUAAAUGAUGUUGAAGUGAAAGCGAAAACUCGCAAAAACUAGCAUAGUAAUGCUUGAAGGUGUAUCUAAUUCCAUCAAAUGUUAUGGUCAACUAAACUCGUUUAUUGUUCUUUGAACAGCUCAUACUUUAUAUUAUAUUUUAAUAUACGCAAAUACAAAUUCAUAGC